AUGGACACCACCAAAGAUGAACUUCAAGUAGUGGACCAUUUGACCACACCACCAACCACCACUGGGACCAGUUUCUCUCAGUUACUAUUAGCAGAUGACGAUGUUGUUGUUGUUGAUAAUCAAAAUCAGAAUCAUAAUAACCCAUUGGUGGGUCUUCAUCAUGUGGACCAAACCUUUUCUAAUACUUCUCUUUUCUCUCUUCAUAACACUCCCAAAAUGCUUUGUUUUGGUGGUAACUACCAAAAUGAAAUUGAAAUAAUCACACCUACUCAGAAAUCUGUUGUCACUUCUAGUGACUCUUCUUCUGCUUCUUCAUGCAACCACACCAACACUGUUUUCAAUAAUGUCUGUCUUUCUAUACUUAAGAAUGAUAGAUUUCAGAAAAAGCGGAAUGGGUCAGAAGGACAACAACUGGGGACCAGGGCAGGUGUUGGAGGGCAGAAAGGUCCUAAGAAGACCAAAGGAGACAACCGCCCAACUUCAACCGGACAUGCAAAGAAAAAAGAGAAACUUGGUGAAAGAAUUGCAGCAUUACAACAACUUGUUUCUCCCUUUGGCAAGACUGAUACAGCUUCGGUGCUUCACGAGGCAACUGGUUACAUAAGAUUCUUACAUGAUCAAGUUCAGGUUCUGUGCUCUCCAUACCUUCAACCUUCACAAAUUCAGUUUCAAAAUCACCCUGGGGACGGAGAUAACAAUGGAAGAGAAGAAGAAGAAGAAAACACAAAAGUGAACAAAGAUUUAACAAGCCGAGGUUUAUGUUUGAUCCCUGUUGGAAGCACCUUACACGUGGCAGGCAGUAACGGUGCUGAUUUUUGGUCACCAGCAACAACAACAGACAACAAUGUUGUUUCACCUUCAACCACUAUUCCUAAGCAGUAG